CAGAGGGUAAUGGGUGCAUGGACAGAGCUGCCAGAGGAAGUGAUUGAGGCAGGUGCAGUAAAAGCAACAUUUAAAAGACAUCUGGACAGAUAAAUGAAUAAGAAAGCUUUGGCCAGCAGGGUAGCAGCGACCUGCUGGCUACCCUGCUGAAAAUCACAUGCAAUCCUGCUGCAGAUUUAACUUUAUCCCCCCUCUGUUGCAGGACCGGUGCCCGUCCGUCUGGUGAAUGGGAACAACAUGUGCUCCGGGAGAGUGGAGGUCUAUCAUAACUCCACCUGGAGCACCGUCUGCGGCAGGAGCUGGGAUAUCAAUGCAGGGAAUGUGGUCUGCAGGGUGUUGAACUGUGGGACGGCCCGGUCAGUAACAACAGCUGCUUCCUACGGAGAGGCCACUGGGAACAUCUGGCUAGAUGGGGUGAAGUGUAACGGGACAGAGCCUGCCCUCGACCAGUGUCCUGCCAGCCCAUGGGGGGUGAAUAACUGCACACGCGGAGAGUACGCUGGAGUCUCCUGCUCAGGGCCGGUGCCUGUCCGUCUGGUGAAUGGGAACAACAUGUGCUCCGGGAGAGUGGAGGUCUAUCAUAACUCCACCUGGGGCAUCGUCUGCGGCAGGAGCUGGGAUAUCAAUGCGGGGAACGUGGUCUGCAGGGUGUUGAACUGUGGGCCGGCCCGGUCAGUAACAACAGCUGUGUCCUACGGAGAGGCCACUGGGAACAUCUGGCUGGAUGGGGUGAAGUGUAAUGGGACAGAGCCUGCCCUCGACCAGUGUCCUGCCAGCCCAUGGGGUGUGAAUCACUGCACACGCGGAGAGUACGCUGUAGUCUCCUGCUCAGAUCUGCUGCCCGUCCGUCUGGUGAAUGGGAACAACAUGUGCUCCGGGAGAGUGGAGGUCUAUCAUAACUCCACCUGGGGCACCGUCUGCAACAGGAGCUGGGAUAUCAAUGCGGGGAAUGUGAUCUGCAGGGUGUUGAACUGUGGGACGGCCCGGUCAGUACCAACAGCUGUCUCCUACGGAGAGGCCACUGGGAACAUCUGGCUGGAUGAAGUGACGUGUAACGGGACAGAGCCUGCCCUUGACCAGUGUCCUGCCAGCCCAUGGGGGGUGAAUAACUGCACACACGGAGAGUACGCUGAAGUCUACUGCUCAGGUCCGGUGCCCGUCCGUCUGGUGAAUGGGAACAACAUGUGCUCCGGGAGAGUGGAGGUCUAUCAUAACUCUACCUGGGGCACCGUCUGCGGCAGGAGCUGGGAUAUCAAUGCGGGGAACGUGGUCUGCAGGGUGUUGAACUGUGGGCCAGCCCGGUUAGUAACAACUGCUGUAUCUAACGGAGAGGCCACUGGGAACAUCUGGCUGGAUGGGGUGAAGUGUAACGGGACAGAGCCUGCCCUCGACCAGUGUCCUGCCAGCCCAUGGAGGGUGAAUAAUUGCACACACGGAGAGUACGCUGAAGUCUCCUGCUCAGGUCCGGUGCCCGUCCGUCUGGUGAAUGGGAACAACAUGUGCUCCGGGAGAGUGGAGGUCUAUCAUAACUCCACCUGGGGCACCCUCUGCAGCAGGAGCUUUGAUAUCAAUGCGGGAAACGUGGUCUGCAGGGUGUUAAACUGUGGGACGGCCCGGUUAGUAACAACUGGUGCAUUCUACGGAGAGUCUACUGGGAACAUCGGGCUGAAUGGGUUGAAGUGUAACGGUUCAGAGCCUGCCCUCGACCAGUGUUAUGCCAGCCCAUGGGGGGUGAAUAACUGCAACCACAGUGAGGAGGCUGGAGUCUCCUGUUCAGGACCGGUGCCCGUCCGUCUGGUGAAUGGGAACAACAUGUGCUCCGGGAGAGUGGAGGUCUAUCAUAACUCCACCUGGAGCACCGUCUGCGGCAAGAGCUGGGAUAUCAAAGCGGGGAACGUGGUCUGCAGGGUGUUGAACUGUGGGCCAGCCCAGUUAGUAACAACUGCUGUCUCCAACGGAGUGGUCACUGGGAACAUCUGGCUAGAGGGGGUGAAGUGUAACGGGACAGAGCCUGCCCUCGACCAGUGUCCUGCCAGCCCAUGGAAGGUGAAUAAUUGCACACACGGAGAGUACGCUGAAGUCUCCUGCUCAGGGCCGGUGCCCGUCCGUCUGGUGAAUGGGAACAACAUGUGCUCCGGGAGAGUGGAGGUCUAUCAAAACUCCACCUGGGGCACCGUCUGCGGCAGGAGCUGGGAUAUCCAUGCGGGGAACAUGGUCUGCAGGGUGUUGAACUGUGGGACGGCCCGGUCAGUACCAACAGUUGCAUUCUACGGAGAGGCCACUGGGAACAUCUGGCUGGAUGGAGUGAAUUGUAACGGGACAGAGCCUGCCCUCGACCAGUGUCCUGCCAGCCCAUGGAGGGUGAAUAACUGCACACACGGAGAGUACGCUGGUGUCUCCUGCUCAGGUCCGGUGCCCGUCCGUCUGGUGAAUGGGAACAACAUGUGCUCCGGGAGAGUGGAGGUCUAUCAGAACUCUACCUGGGGCACCGUCUGCGGCAGGAGCUGGGAUAUCAAUGCGGGGAACGUGGUCUGCAGGGUGUUGAACUGUGGGAUGGCCCGGUUAGUAACAACUGCUGUAUCUAGUGGAGAGGCCACUGGGAACAUCUGGCUGGAUGGGGUGAAGUGUAACGGGACAGAGCCUGCCCUCGACCAGUGUACUGCCAGCCCAUGGGGGGUGAACAAUUGCACACACGGAGAGUACGCGGAAGUCUCUUGCUCAGGUCCGGUGCCCGUCCGUCUGGUGAAUGGGAACAACAUGUGCUCCGGGAGAGUGGAGGUCUAUCAUAACUCCACCUGGGGCACCGUCUGCAGCAGGAGCUUUGAUAUCAAUGCGGGAAACGUGGUCUGCAGGGUGUUAAACUGUGGGACGGCCCGGUUAGUAACAACUGGUGCAUUCUACGGAGAGUCUACUGGGAACAUCUGGCUGAAUGGGUUGAAGUGUAACGGUUCAGAGCCUGCCCUCGACCAGUGUUAUGCCAGCCCAUGGGGGGUGAAUAACUGCAACCACAGUGAGGAGGCUGGAGUCUCCUGUUCAGGUGAGUGAGGGUGGUGAGGCAAGGAUGCAAACCUUCUACUGAACUUUAGUUGUAUAUUUGUGCUCUCAUCCCUCCAUUCUUAUCAUCUUGAUUUACAGCUUGGUUCACUGUCUUGCUGUGACUAUAGAACUCCAGAAUGCAGGGGAUUACAUUUGUCUAUUUCAUGUGCACCUCUAAUGAAAUAUAGGCAUGUUUAUGGAUUCAGAUCAGUGAAUGAAGAAGAACACUUUUUCCUCGCUGACUCUAAAACUAAAGCUAAAACUACAUUGGGAAAGUGGGCCAAGGACCGGCAGAUAGAGUUUAAUUGUGACAAGUGCAAACUGAUGCAUUAUGGGAAGUUAAAGCAGAGAACAAUUUACAGAGUAAAUUGCAGGGCCCUGGGAAAGUUUGUAGACAGAGAGACCUAGGGCUACAAGUACUAGAUUCCUUGAAAGUAGCAACACAUACAGACAGGGUGGCGAAGAAAGCAUUUGGCACAAUUGCCUUCAUCAUUCAGGGCUUUGACUAGAAAAGGUGGGAGGUUUGAAUGUAGCUCUAAAAGGCUUUAGUUUGACCACUUUUGUAGUAUUCUGUUAUAUUCUGGUUCGCUCCAUUACAGGAAGAACGUGGAAGCUUUGGAGAGGGAGCAGAAGUUCACCAAGAGGCUUUUAGAUAGGCAGAUGGAUAUGGAGGGAAUAAGAAUAUGGACCAUGUGCAGGCAGAGGAGAAUAGCUUAUAUUGACAUCAUGUUUAUGCACAGGCAUUGUGGGCCGAUGGACCUGUUCCGAUGUACGUCAUGUAUUGUGUGUAGUCUGGUAGUUCGAAGGGCGCAGAAAACGUAUAAGCAUGGAAAUAAACAAGAUGGAUCUGAGGGAGCGGCAGUGAGGGAGCGGCCUUAUGAGUAAAGUGUGAGUCUUUGGCUCGAGAGUCUUUGGCGAGGAGGCUGAGGAGAGUAGGCUGAGGAGAGGACGCUACGCAUAAAGCUCGAGAGGACGGAGCGUGGUGAGCACAUGUCAGGGCAGAUGAGACAGUGUGAGGCUUGCAGAAUGUGGGAGCCCAGGGACACAGAUGAAUCCUCUGGCUGCUACAUCUAUGACAAGUGCAUCCAGCUUCAGCUCCUAAAGGACCGUGUUGGGGCACUGGAGAAGCAGCUGGAUGACCUCAGGGCCAUCCGGGAAA